CAUCUUCAAUCGUGCGUUUGCCAGCAUCUACAACGUGUAAUGUCAGAUCUACUUGCGGCAUCUUGAUAGGAAAUGUAUCAUUUUAAACCACGUACAAGCAAUUACAUUUCUGCAGGAAAUACGGCAUAUCUCGGGAAGGCAGAUUGGCCUCAUUGUUGUCUGUCAGGAAGCCGCUAUGAGUUUAGUUUUCCGUUGACCUCUUGACUUCCUGCCUAUCAUACACACGCAGUCACCAGAGUCUCCAACCGUCCACAACACGACUUACAGCUUCUUUGAACCUAUAUUCUAUUUGUCAAUAUGGCGGCUAAAGCAGUGUUUGAAAAUAUCACUGAUGCAACAAGGACGUUGAUACAGUAUCAAGACGCAAGAAAACAUGUUUCGACGUUUUAUGAAAGAUCAGCCCUAAAAAUACUGAGAAGAACUGGAUCUAUAUUCAUCAAGGGAAAAUCAGGCUCAGGAAAGUCCAACCUUGGUCUCAGGUUACUGGCGCAUAUCAACUCAGAAACUAAACGGACGCCUGUUGUAAUCACAUCUGCCUCUCAGUGGAAUACCAUUCCAAAGUCAGGAAAAGAAAACUAUAUUGUCAUGUUGGAUGAUAUAUUUGGUUCCAGCAGUAUGGUGCAAACACGUGUUGAUGAAUGGCUGGGAAAGUUCAAUACCAUGUGGCCAUUCAUAGAGACAGGAAGAAUCUUCAUAGUCUUAACAUCAAGGCCUGAGAUAUAUGACCAGUGUGCAAAACAACUAAACACAACCAUACUUAUGAGAAACAUGAAAUGUUUAACUCUGCACAAAGACGAGUUUAAGCUAAGAGAGAGUGAGAAGAGGAGAUUUUUGAAGUUGUUUUGUGGGAAGUCUGGUUUCACCAAGGAAGACGUCCAGGAGAUAGUAGAGAAAGCUGAGCCGCCCCUUGGGUUUCCACAAUGUUGCAAUUUCUUUGCCAUCAGCAGACGAGCACAAUCAAAUGGCAAACAUUUUUUCUUGAAACCGUAUGAGUUUAUCGCCCAAGAACUAGACAUCUUGGAAGAGAGCGACCCUUUUGGGUACUUUGUGUUGCUGCUUGUGAUGAUUCAUAAUGGUCGAUUGGGAUCAAAUGAGUUGGACUCCAUCCGACCAUCAGAGGACUUUCAUGAGGAUAUUGAAGUACUUGACCAUCAGUCAUUACGAGAAACAUGUUUCGUCCAGUUCUUGUUUCACAAAUGGUGCAAAGAUGUUGCUGUUUUGGAAGAGCUGUCUUAUUCACAGAGCAGCAUGUUUGAACUAAAUGACUAUAGAGAUGAAGCAUACACUACUGUCAUUGAGGGGCUAUUGAGGACGGGCUGCAAGAUCGACCCAGAAUCCCUCCUACUUUGUGCAGCAUGCCAUGCAACAGCAACAGCCAUGCGGUGUAUAUUUAAGCUUCUGCUCCAUUUUGAGGCAGACCCGCACAUCAAGGACUCCAAACGUCGUACUGUACUCCACCAUGCUGCAAAGGCAAGUAGCACCAGUAGCCUGGAACACCUCGUUACAUCAAAACUAGAUUUAAAUUCGGUUGAUGAAGAUGGAUGGACAGCAGUUCACUCGGCUGCGGAAUAUGGACGCAGAGACAACAUCAAAUUACUGUUGGACAACGGUGCUGAUCUGUACUUUCAGGACAAUCAAGGGAGAACAGCCCUCCAUGUUGGGUGUGAAGAAGGGCAUUGCCAAGCUGUCGAUUUACUUCUACAGACAAUGUCAAACCCGAACGUACUGGACGAAAGAAUGAGAUCGCCACUUCAUUUCGCUGCAAGAAGGGGAAGUAGCGACAAUGUGAAGCUCUUGCUAGACAAAGGAGCAAACCCUUUUGAGAAAGACCUGAAAGGGAGAAUACCACUUCAUCUAGCUGUCAAAACCAAUGAUAGUCAAUGUGUAAAGUUGUUGAUCGCUGCGAAAUCGGAUGUAUGUGCUGCUGAUAAAAAUGGCGACUCUCCUCUUCAUCUUGUAACCAGAAGGACUCCCAGCUCCAGCUUUGAACUGCUUCUUGAAAACGGUGCCAGUUCCAACAUUCAGAAUAAUGACGGAAACACGGCACUUCAUCUUGCAGUUUCCAGGGGAUUAAACAAAUACGUGAAAUGUCUUUUAGAAAACGGUUCAAAUCCAUGUGUACAGAACCACACAGAACAAACGCCAUUACAGGUUGUUACUAAAAGGGGGAAUCAGGACUGUGUCCGUCUUCUGUUACAAUAUGGCGCCAAUGCCUCUGUGUGUGAUACGUAAGGAAGAGGCCUUGAUCACUUAGAACUGAAGUCUUUACAACUUACAAGUUAAGUGCUUAAUAGACUCACUCACCUAAUGAAUACAGUAUGCUUGUUUGUAGCAUUGAUGAAAUUAACGAAAAUGCCUGAAAUAGUGACGUAUCUGUUUGACGUGAGACAAUAACUUCCCAUUGUAGCAUCAUGAACCCAUUGUAGAACUGUCAUAUUUUCAGCAGGGAGAUCAGGAGAUGAUGAACUUGUGGAACGUAGGCCAACAUUUCAAUAAUCUGUAUACAUAUGCAUGUGGAUAUAGCUCGACAUAAGAAGAUUGAUUCUAAGGAAAUUACAUCAAAUCACUUUUACUGUAUUUGUGUGUGUGUGUGUGUGUGUGUGUGUGCAUGUGUGUGCAUAU